AUGACUCCCGAAAAAGUUAAGGAAGUAGGUAAAAUUUGUAUACCUGGUAUGCGUUUAAGUUUAUUAAAUAAAGAAUAUAUUUCUGGGCCUGGCACUUACGAACUGAAAGGUUAUAUAUAUGCAACUUUGGCGGGUGUUUUGAAAAUGGAAGAAGAUGAUAAAACUAAGGCAACAAUAAUCUCAGUGGAAAGCCCAAGGACACCAAGUGUUCUGCCAAAAACUGGUGAUGUGGUAACAGCUAAGGUAACAGUUGUAAACUCACGCCUUGUCCAGUGUAUCAUACUUUGCGUAGGCCCUUCAGUUUUAGUCAGACCAUAUAAAGGAAUUCUCAAGAAGGAAGAUAUUAAAUCUACAGAUAAAGAUAGAAUUGAUCCAUACAAGUGCUUCAGGCCUGGAGAUGUAAUACUUGCUAGAGUGUUACCAAUGACAGAGAUUCACUGGUACCAUUUAUCCACGGCGGAAAAUGAACUCGGAGUCGUCAUAGCAACCGCUGCGGGAUCACCGCAAGGUGUCAGUAUGGUGCCCAUAAGUUGGUCAGAAAUGCAGUGCCCUAAAACCUUAGUCAAAGAACCGAGAAAAGUGGCCAGGGUUAUACCUGAGAAUAUCAAUCAAGAAUUAUUCCCUGUACAUAAUAAUCCGGAGGAGAAAGAAAAGGAAACAAAAUAA